GCUGCUGACAUUAUGAAUGAAGAAAACGAGAGCGUUUGUUUGAACAGGUCACUGAUGGAGCGGGAAUGCUUCAGCAACCUGGAGGAUAUCGACGUGACAGCUGACGGGAGCCCGGUCCUGAGGUUCCUCAUCUGCCUUGUUUAUUCUGUUGUAUGCGCUGCGGGUCUGAUGGGCAACCUGCUGGUCAUCUUCUUCAUCAGGGUCAAACAGGAGAGGAAGAAGUCCACGGUGAACUUGUUCGUGCUCAACUUGGCAGUGACGGACCUGCAGUUCGUGCUCACUCUGCCCUUCUGGGCCGUGGACACCGCGCUGGACUUCAGCUGGCCGUUUGGAGACGCCAUGUGCAAAAUCAUCCUCUCGGUCACCGUGAUGAACAUGUACGCCAGCGUGUUUUUUCUCACUGCCAUGAGCGUGACCCGCUACUGCUCAGUCGCCUCGGCCCUGAAGAACAGAACCAAGUCCUGCCCCGCCAAAUGGACCUGCGCAAUCAUUUGGACACUGGCGACUCUGGCGACUGCGCCCACGUCCAUUUUCUCCACUGUCAGCAACGUAACUGGAGAAAAACUCUGUUUGCUGAGGUUUCCUGGUGGUCAGUACUGGUUGGCACUUUAUCACAUUCAGAAGCUACUUCUGGGCUUUGUGUUGCCGAUGUCCAUCGUGUCCAUCAGCUACAUAAUGCUGCUGCGCUUCGUUCGCAAUCGGACUAUGAAAACAAGCAACCCCAAACGGAGAUGCCAAGUCACAAAAUCUAUCACCAUCGUCGUGUUGUCCUUCUUCCUGUGCUGGAUGCCGAACCAUGCCAUCACCUUGUGGAGCGUGCUCGUCAAACUGAACGUUGCAAACUGGGACAAAGCCUAUUACAUAGUUCACACGUAUGUGUUCCCUCUGACCGUCUGUUUGGCUCACACCAACAGCUGCCUGAACCCGAUUAUUUACUGCCUCAUGAGGAAGGAGUUCAGGAACAAACUGAGAAGUCUGAUACACAGGGGAUAAUGGUUUCGGGACUUUUGAGAAUGAAGGCCCUGGAGUGAGAGAGCAGACCUGUCCCAAAGCGCAAUGAGAACAAGCGCCAUCGUUUCAAGACUAUUUACUCCAUUCUGCUCAUUGAAAAGUGGGACUUGCAUCAGCGCUUCUUGUCUUAUUGGCUAAUUUCAAUAGAGAAACAGCUGUAUCUGGUUUUGGGCUUCACGCGUAAUUGCUAAUUUUGUGUAAGAAUAUUACAAUUAUGCGCACCGUGGCAUUGCGUGUUAAAUAACCAUUAGGUGUGGUGUGUCUCUAGGCUACAGUACGUGACUAUGUGUGCGUAAUUGCGCAUUAGUGUGCUCGCGUUAUAACCGAACCAGUGAAAUGUCGCUGCGCGCUUUUUUUUUUUACACCCAUCUGUGAAUGUUUUUGUAACCAGUGCUUGUACAUUAGGUGUGUUUACCAGACAAUCCCGGAUGCAAACACCACCUCCCUCCACCAUCAAAGGUCAUGCGUUAAAGUUAUUGACGAGAGCGUGACAAAAUCAAUCGUUUGGGUACC